AUGAGCACACAGGAUGCUGGAUCGACGGGUGCGGGUGGUGGUCCUGGAGGUGGGGGCGACAAAUCAACAUCUUCUGGAACGGUGAAUGUUUCCACGGGAGCAAAAGCAGUAACAUCACUGUCUGUGGGCGGCAGUGGUGCGGGCGGCGGCGGAGCAGGGGGUCAGCUGAGUGCAACGGCUGUCGUUGGUGGAGGCGGGACAACGGUGACCACCACAACGAUACCGAUCGAUUUAGCCUCCGCAUCGAAGGUUUUAGUACGGCCCGAAAAGACAACGAUGCCCACAACGACGUACAGAUUCGGUUCUGCGCCCGGUAGCCAGAUGCGUGUCGUGAUUCCGAGCAGUGCCGCGCAGCAAACAUUCUACCGGCAGCCGGCCAACAUAAAGCAAGUUUUCACCUCUUCCCACGUACUUGCAGAUGCGACGGCGAAUCGCACACAGAUCAGCACCCUACCGGCAGCACGUACCGUCACGCAGAACGCAUCCUUGACGGUGUCCCGGGCACCACAAACCACCCCCACCACCGUAUCGUACCACGUAUCGAACCGUGUUACGGGCACGCCGGUGGUUGCGGCAAACCUGCAGGCAACGACCCGUGCCACCAUCAAUGGGCCGAUACGCAUCUCUACGCCACCGAUUCAGGUAGCAACGAACAAUAAUACGACUACGUACGUCCAGCGCCAACCACCGACCGUCGUUCCGUCACGCAGCGUUACCUCGGGUACGGCGACGGCCGCUACGAUUAUUUCGCAAAGCAGCAGCGGUGCUACGACAACGCUCGUGCCAAACUUCCAGAUGUCGACCCCGUUGUUCCGGGCGGGUAGUAUCGGGACGGGAGCGGGUCAGGUGGCGGCCGGUGCACCGAGAGCACGCGUUGUCACCCAAACGACACUGUCCGCCAACCAUCAUCAGGUGACGGGAGUGACCAACAACGCCGGCGGAGCCGGUGGUGGAUCGACGGUGGUGAACAAUGUAGUGACGCCCGGCGGUGGUUCCGGAGCAGCUCAGCAAGCGGUCGCCAUUAGUUCGGCAUCCAGCGGCGGUGCUACAGUAGCUUCGAGUGGAACCGGUACGGGUGGUGGACAAUCGCAGGCGUUGGUUGCGACGCUUUCAGCAGUGUUGCAAGGACCACGCCAAGUUUCUACACUGCUGUACACGAACAAUAGCAACGCACAGCAGUACACGAUCGGACCGAACCAGCAACGGUUGGCACUGGCGACAACACUUUCACCCCAGCGGCCACAGGCAACGGUAACGGCGGGAAUUCGGCCUACGAUUCAACGUUUACCCACUGCAGGGAUUCGCGUCAGUACGGGUAGCCUCAACUUCCGAUCACCGGUGUUAGCAUCCACGACCGUACUGACGACGAUCGCUUCCAACACGGGCACGGUCGGUACGGUGACCAACACACAGCAGCAACAGCAGCAACAGGUACAACAGCAAGCCCAACAGCAGCUACAGCAACAGCAACGCACCGUAACGGCAACCGGUACACCGACCGGUGCAACGGCCAUUUCAAACGCCAUCCCGGCACGGAUCAUACAGGUGCAAAAUCCACCUGCCGGUACAACCGGCACGGCACAGAUUGUAAACCGCUUACAGACGAAUCUGCUCAACAUACAGCCAUUGAUCGUGAGCAACAGUCGGUUGCCGCAAAGUGCGCUACAGCCCGGCAUCACAAUCGCCCAGGUGGGCAAACUGACCCAAGUCGCUACGGCUGGGAGUGGUGUGGCGGGUAAUGAUGGGAGCGGUGCUGGUGGAAAUUCCGGCAGUGGGUCCGCAACGACCACAACACUACAGACCGCAUCCGGACAGCAGAUUGUUGUCAGUACGGGUGGAGCCGGUCCCGGGGGUGGUGGUGGUGGCGGUGGCGUUUCCCCAGCAACAACAGCCAUCAUUGCCGGUAAUCUGAUCGCGGCAAAUCAUCCCGCCUCGCAAACAACUCACCAGGGACAGAUAACGCAGAUCGUUAACGUUAACGCCGGUCAACCGACGGUAGUAUCAGCGGCUGUAAGUAGCGGUGGACAACAGCAGCAACCACAGAUCGUCACCGUGAGUCAAGCCAGCGGAGGAGCGGCACCAACCGGAACAGUUAUUCCUUUGCCACUUGCGCUUACGAGUGCGAGAAAUGUGGGAGGGGCCGGCGCUGGUGCUCACAGUCCACUGAGUAUCGUUACGGGAGGAAUCGUACGGACGGCCGGUGGUGCCGCUGGUACCACCGGAGUAUCCGGUGUUACCACAUCGAUUGGGUCCGUGCUACCGAUUGCCAAAGUAACUCCCCAGCAACAGCAAACACUGGUCUCGAUGGAAUCUGGUACGACGGGUAGUGGCGUAACGCAACACUAUUCCGUUGCGAGUAGCGGUGGCGUAUCCGGCGGACCUUCGCUAUACAUACAAACCCGACCGGGUGGUGCAGGUUUAGCUGGUGCUGGUAAGCCGGGUGGCGCAACCGGUGCAACACUCAGCGUUGUUUCCUCCGGACCAACGGGUGCCGGUGGAACGGGAAGUGGAACCGUCGGAUCGGCCGCAUCGGCUACAACUUUCCUUCCAACGUCAACAUUUUACUACGAGCGUUUAACGUCCUCACCGGCCACGAGUGUACCAUCGUCGACCGGUGCCGUGACCAUCUCUUCCACCGGUAUUCCCGUGUCUUCGGCAACGUUUGUACAAGCCGUGGCCGCGUCAUCAUCAUCCUCCACGAUCACCACGGCGAGCGCGAUCAGUGGGCCCGUUUUCUCUAUUCCCGCUUCCUCCAGUGUGAUCAACAGUAGCGGAGGUGGAAGUGGUGGCAAUACCACGGUGGUUACGGUGGCCGCCGCCGGUAAUCCGACACUAGCACCAUACGGCAGCACUGGUUCGUUUGCGAUCGUACAAGCAUCACCCGCCGGGACAACCGUUGGCGCUCGUACGACCACACUUGCGACCGGCCCAGUUCAUGGCAUCGUUCCCGCAUCGGUGCAAACUGGUUCCGCAGUAGCGGGUAGCAACACAUCCGUAGCGGGAAGUAUUGUGUCCGUAUCGCAGCCGGCAUCGAGCGGUGUUUCAUCCUCAACCACGGCCCAGAUCGUACCGAUUCGGUUCCAUUCGCAGAUGCUUAUUGAUAGCAGCGGACAAACGCAACAGAUCAUUGUUUCGAGCGGUGGUGCAGGCGGUGGAACUGGCAGUGGUUCGGCCAGCAUUAUGCCCAUGAUUCCUGUCGGUACGAGCGGUGGUACAACGACGGUCGUUACAGCCACCAACAAGCAACAAACCGCCCAGCAAGAAUCACCCCAAUCGAGCAUACUGCGAAAGCGAACGCUCGUGGAGACGGCAUCGGGCACUAUUAAAGCGACACCGGUUGGAAAGGAUCUGACGGCCGCGCUGAUGGCGGUCGAACGGGAACGUUCCGUGCGGGAACAACAAGAAGCGCAGCUGCAUCUUCUUCAACAGCAGCAGCAACAGCAACACCACCAUCUGGUGGCGGAGUUGCGCGACUUAGCCAAUGCCUCUCCGCUUCAUCUCUCCCGUCCACCUUCAACGGACGGAUCGACCACGGUUAGUGCGACUUCCAGUCCCGGUUUGGAUGAACAGGAAGAGGAAGAGUUACGUGCGCAAGCAUACGCAAACCGAGCGAGCAAUGCAAUAUCCGGCGAUGGACACUUUAAACCCGUCCAGGACGAGCACCAUUACCUACAGCAGCAACCGUCCCAACAGCAGUCACAACAUCAUCGGGAAAUAAUCUCACUACACUGUACCGAAAGCUUCCCAACAAACCUUGGAACCAGCACAACCCUUUCGGUGGUUCCGAUGGCAAAUCACACUUCGCUCGUUUCGAUUGGAGGUACCGGUAGCAGCAACGGAGGCGCUGGAAGCUAUGAACAGUCACCGCGUAAAAAAGCACGCAAGCAACUACUUCUCCCAAUGACGGAUGGGCAUCACCAUCAUCACUUACCAUCGGUGAAAUCGAACUCGUCCUCUUCCUCCUCAUCGUCAUCGUCCUCGAUGGUUACCAAUUCAUCCACCUCCUCGACGAACACGACCGGCGGUCAGCAUCACCCGUAUCUAGGUGGACCCGACGACGAGCGGAUGGAUACGAGCGGUACCGGACUGGUGGUGCUUGGUAAUGCAUCGAGCGGUGCAUCAUCGGUUGGAACCAUAGGAGGAAGCAACAGUGGUGGAAAUAAUCAUCAACACACCAAUAAGCACAACAGCAGCAACAGCAGUAUCAGCUCGUCGAUGAACAACAGCAACAACAUGCAUAACAGUAACAACGUUCGAAUGGAUCCUCCGUCGGGUUCGGUUUCCGGAUCGCAAGUCGGUGGCGGUGUCAUCUCGGUGGUGACAGCGAGACAAAGUCUUACGCUGCGUAAACCGCACAACAUUAGCUUGUUGCAGUCGUACAAACAAACGUGGAAAUCGGCCAAUAAUCACUUCCAGCGGUAUACGGAUGUGAAACAGCGUGAAGAACGGCGACCGACGGUGAUGGACAUUGCCAAUCAGUCACACAUUCUGCAGAAGGUGAACGGCUGGAAGAUUUACCAUCUCAGCGCGCAAAUAGAGGAUUUGUGCGAUCUUGAAUCUCAAGCCUAUGGCAAGUUGGAAAAAAUGCUUCGUGCAAUGGAAAGCAGUGCCGGUAGUAAUGGCAGCGCGGUAAAACUAUCAACAGAUGUAGAACGCAUUAAUGAGCUCUUGAAGGGCAAUAUGCAACGUAGUAAAAUCAUCAUCGACGGAAUUAAUGAUGCCCGUACGCAGAUAAUGAAAAUUUUCCAACACAAACCACACGUCUCGGACAUAAUUCUCCGAUGCGCUUCAAAGCGCAACUUUAAAAAGCGAGAGAAAACAUAA